UUCCCCUUCGCACUCCGCCUCCGAGCGCCGCGACUGGCGCGCAGUCGAAAACAGCCAAGCCCGGGCGAAGCUGGCCAGCCGGCAGCCGCCGCUCCGGAGCUCCGCCCGCAACUCCCAUGCCGAGGAGGCGAGAUCCUCGACGGGGUCACCGCCUGGGCUCUCGCUCUCCUGCCAAGAUAUGGAAGAACAAGAUACUGAGGCUACCGCUGGAUUCUGACUCUGCCGCCGUCGCCUUCCUUCACCGUCUCGCUCCCAGCUUUCUGUGGACUUCCCGAUUUGCUGAAAAUCUGCAACAGUGUGGAAAAGGAAUGAAACUUCUUGAAACUGGAUUACAGGUGAUGGCAUCAGGAAAACAGGCGAUGUGGCAUUGCAGGAGAGCUGCAUUCCCUUCAUGCCUCCGGUUGGCUUAGAAGACGCUAAUGUUACACCUGACAAGCGGCUAGAGCACCGAACAUUGAACCCAAGUCUCCAAAGGCUUAAGUGAUAUUUAUCUACCAGUUUGCUAGACGCAGACAUGAAUAACUCGACAAACAUAAGCUAUUUGGAGGAUGUGAUGCCCCUGGGGAGUCCUUAUAAAACAGUUGAGGUAGUAUUCAUCGUCCUAGUGGCUGGCUCCCUCAGUCUCGUGACCAUCAUUGGGAACAUCCUGGUGAUGGUGUCCAUUAAAGUCAACAGGCACCUGCAGACUGUCAACAAUUACUUUCUUUUCAGCUUGGCAUGUGCGGACUUGAUCAUCGGUGUCUUCUCCAUGAAUCUGUACACACUUUACACUGUGAUUGGCUAUUGGCCGCUUGGACCUGUGGUUUGUGACUUGUGGUUGGCGCUUGACUAUGUGGUCAGCAACGCCUCCGUCAUGAACCUUCUCAUUAUCAGUUUUGACCGAUAUUUUUGUGUCACCAAGCCUCUGACUUACCCUGUCAAGCGGACCACUAAGAUGGCAGGUAUGAUGAUCGCCGCGGCCUGGGUGCUGUCCUUCAUCUUGUGGGCACCCGCAAUUCUUUUUUGGCAGUUCAUUGUAGGGGAAAGGACUGUCCCCGACGGGGAAUGCUAUAUUCAGUUCCUGUCCAACGCAGCCGUCACCUUUGGCACAGCGAUUGCCGCUUUCUACCUGCCUGUUAUCAUCAUGACUAUUCUUUACUGGCAAAUAUCUCGCGCCAGUAAGAGCAGGAUUAAAAAAGACAAAAAGGGGGGUGGGCAAAACCAGGAUCCGGUUUCUCCAAGCUUGGUCCAAGGUAAAAUGGUAAAACCAAACAAUAACAAUGUUCCAACUAAUGAAGAUGGGGUGGAACAUGGCAAAAUUCAGAAUGGUAAAGCCACUGGGGAAUCAGGGAUGGAAAAUUGCGUUGCUGCAGAGGAGAAGGAAAGUUCUAAUGACUCCACCUCUCUCAGCGCUGUGGCUUCCAAUGUGAAAGAUGAUGAACCCAUCAAAGAGGAGACCAGGGCUUCUGUCUCCCAAGUCAACGCCAAAGUGGAGAACUCCAAAUUGACAUGUAUUAGGAUACUCACAAAGUCCCCGAAAGGUGACUGUUCUGGUUCUACCAACACGACCGUGGAGAUUGUAGGUCCCGAUGGGCAAAAUGGAGAUGAGAAGCAGAACAUUGUAGCACGUAAGAUUGUCAAGAUGACUAAGCAGCCUGCCAAAAAGAAGACACCUCCUUCCAGGGAGAAAAAGGUGACCAGGACUAUAUUGGCUAUUCUCCUGGCCUUCAUCAUUACCUGGACACCAUACAAUGUCAUGGUCCUCAUCAACAGCUUCUGUGCAUCUUGCAUCCCCAACACAGUAUGGACAAUUGGUUACUGGCUGUGCUAUAUCAAUAGCACCAUCAAUCCUGCCUGCUAUGCGCUCUGCAAUGCUACCUUCAAGAAAACCUUUAAGCACCUCCUUAUGUGUCAUUACAAGAACAUAGGAGCUACAAGGUAAAACAGUGAUAAGCGGGGUGUGGGGAAGGGAGAAGGAAGUUCAAAGUUUUAUAAAACUAUGCCACAGCACUUUAUGCUCUAGGAUGAAACCAAGAAGGCUA